AUUUAUAUUCAUUAAAUAAAAGGUAAAAAAAAAACUCAUGGGAAAUCUGUAUUCUGAAAAAAAAAGAAAGAAAUUAUGGGACAUGUACUCUAUAGAAUACUAUACAGCAGUCAAAAACAACGAAAUCCGGUCAUUUGCAACAAGAUGGAGGAAUCUGGAAAACAUUAUGCAGAGUGAAUUAAGCCAGUCCCAAAGGGGCAAAUAUCAUGUGUUCUCCCUGAUUGGCGACAACUAACUGAGCACCAAAGGGGAAACCUGUUGAAGUGAAAUGGACACUAUGAGAAACAGUGACUUGAUCAGCUAUUGUCCUGACGGUUGAUGUACAAUGUAAUACUUUAUCCAUUUUAGUAAUUUUCUCUUUGUUUUGUUCUAGUACUAUUGGUUGAACUCUGUGAUUAACACACAAUUAUUCUUAGGUGUUUAAAUUUUAACUGAAAAGUGAUCCCUGUUAAAUAUAACAGUGGGAGUAAGAGAGGGAGGAGAUGUACAAUUUGGGACAUGCGCAAUCGGACUUGCCCCAAAUGGUGGAGUUGGAAUCAUGCCAGGGGAUCCCAAUACAAUCCCAUCAAGAUGGCAUGUACCAAUGCCAUCUCACUAGUCCAAGUGAUCAAUUUCUGUUCACAAUUGAUCACACUCAUAGGUCUAAGAGUCAAAGGGAUCACACAACAAGUCUAGGGUCUGCUAGUACUAACUGAUAGAAUCAAAAAGGGAGAGAACGACCCAACAUGGGAAGCGAGAUACACAGCAGACUCAUAGAAUGGCAGAUGUCCUAAAUAGCACUCUGGCCUCAGAAUCAGACCUUAAGGCAUUCGGAUAUGGCUGAAGAGCCCAUGAGAGUAUUUUAGGCAUGGAAAUCCAAGACACCCUGGGAAAAAAAAAAAAAGAAGACCUAAAUGGAAGAUCUGCGAGUGAGAUCCCAGUGGAAAGAACGGGGCCAUCAAAGAAGGAGGUACCUUUCUCUGAAGGGAGGAGUGAACUUCCACUUUGACUGUGACCCUGUUGGAAUAAGAUCAAAGUCGGCGAACUCAAAAGGCUUCCAUAGCCUUGGCAACUCAUGACUUCAGCCUAGGGAGAUUACUGACGCCAUAAACAAGAGUGUCAAAUUGUUAAGUCAACAACAGGUGUCACAGUGUACUUACUUCUCAUGUAGGAUCUGUCCUUAGUGUGUUGUCCAAUGUGAAGUAAUGCUAUAACUAGUACUGAAACAGUAUUUUACACUUUGUGUUUCUGUGUGGGUACAAACUGAUGAAAUCUUUACUUAAUAUAUACUGAAUUGAUCUUCUGUAUAUAAAGAUAAUUGAAAAUGAAUCAUGAUGUGAAUGGAAUGGGAGAGUGAGCAGGAGAUGGGAGGGGUGUGAGUGGGAGGGAAAUUAUGGGGGGAGCCAUUGUAAUCCAUUAACUGUACUUUGAAAAUUUAUAUUACAAAAUAAAAUUUAAAAAAAUUUAAAAAAAGAACAUUUACCUGAGGUCACCUGAUGGCUAUCCCAGUCUAUUUCAGAUAAAGCAAUCACAUUGUUAGUUUCCUUCUUGAUUAAUUAGUUUUUGUAUUUAUCUGUGAUGUGAAAAUGAACAGAAUUGUACAUUUAAACCAACACAGGACUCAUUGCUUUCAAUGAAAUGAUUGCAGUGGAACCCUAAGCAGGGAUUGAGAGGCAGAAAGUGGUUUCACUAAAAGUAGAACAUGGAUCCAAUUAAGAGGAGGAGAAAAAUACAGUGGUAACAGAGGAGAGAUCCACAGACAAGGGGGGGAUAUUUAUUGCUUAUUAUUGUUCAUUUCCAUUCUGUUUACAGAGAGGCAGAUACAGAAAGACAUAAGGAGAGACAUCUCCCACGUGCUGGUUCAUGUUUCAAGUGCAUGGAACCCAACUAAUUGGAUAACUACCUGCUGCCUCUCAGGGAAGAGGUGGGACAGGAACCAUGGCAGAACCUAGUAGAAACCCUACUCACAGAUGCUAAGAGGCAGUCCUCUAAACAGACCCAGAACCUUGCACAAAACACAGAAAUCUAUACUCCAGCUGCUAAAUAUAGACUAUAACAUUCAUUUGUAAAAGGAAGGAUUCUAUGUAUUAAACAUUGUCUUGCUAUUUUUCGCUAAGCUGGUGGUCAUCAUAACCAAAUGAAACAAACCAAUGGAACACAGCUGCAGAAUUCCUUCUCCUGGGAUUCUCAGAGGACGCAGCACUGCAGCCCCUCAUAUGUGGGCUCUUCCUCUCCAUAUACCUGGUCACUGUGGCUGGGAACCUGCUCAUCAUCCUGGCCAUCCUCUCAGACCCCCACCUCCACACGCCCAUGUACUUCUUCCUCUCCAACUUGUCCUUGGUGGAUGUCUGCUUCACCUCCACCACCAUCCCCAAGACGCUGGUGAACAUCGAGAUGCAGAGCAAAGCCAUCAGCUAUGCAGGCUGCAUCACCCAGAUGUUCUUCUUCAUGCUAUUUGCAGAGAUGGACAACUUUAUCCUGGCUGUGAUGGCCUAUGACAGGUUUGUGGCCAUCUGUCACCCCCUGCACUACACAGUCAUCAUGAACCCCCAGCUCUGUGUGCAGCUGGUUUUGGUGUGCUGGGUCAUCAGUGUCCUGCAUGCCUUGUUGCACAGCCUACUGGUGCUGCAGCUGUCCUUCUGUGCACACCUGGAAAUCCCCCACUUCUUCUGUGAACUGAAUCAGGUGAUCCACAGUGCCUGCUCUGACACCUUUCUUAAUGAUGUGGUCAUGUAUUUUACAGUUAUGCUGUUGGGUGGGGGUCCACUGGCAGGGAUCCUUUACUCCUACUCUAAGAUCGUCUCCUCCAUCUGUGCAAUUUCUUCUGCUCAGGGGAAGAAUAAAGCAUCUUCCACCUGUGCCUCUCACCUCUCUGCUGUCUGCUUAUUUUAUUGCACAGGACUCGCUGUGUACUUUAGUUAUCCUAUUACCCAAAACCCACAGUCAAAUGCAAGGGCUUCGGUGAUGUACACAGUGGUCACCCCCAUGCUGAACCCCUUCAUCUACAGCCUGAGGAACGAAGACAUAAACAGGGCCCUGAAGAAGUCUCUAGGAGAGAAAUCAUAAAUGUGCAAUUGUCUUGGGGCUGAACAAGAGUCAAGGAUUUCAGGGAUCAAAGCCUCAGAGUUGGAAAUUCCUGCUGUUGGAUCUGAUUGUGAAAGUAGAAUUUCCUCCUCUGUUUAUAUGCUGGACUCUCUAUCAUAUUGAUUUCAACCUCUCUGUGCAUUUUAAACAACUCACAUAGAAAGUAAUCAGGGGUCCUCAGUAUCCCACAGGUUUUCCCUUAGGUGUUUUCUUAUCCUCAAACAUUGUAUUAGAAGUAUUUUCAUAUUCCCAUUUGUCUCAUGGAACAGUAAGGAUGUCUUAGGAGUAAUUAUUUUCUACCUGAUAUACAUUGUACUGAGUAGCAUUUCUUUGGUUUUAUGGGAAAAAAUUCAUGUGUGUUACUCCUACGGAAGGCCUACACAUGGCAACUCAGCUCAUCUACCUAGUUUAUAGAUCAUGAAAAGCUGAUGCCACAGCUUUUCUCUUUUACCCCCAUCAUUCUUGUGUAUCCACUCCUUUUAAGGCUCUCCCUGAUAAUGUGGAAUUUACCUUGUUCAUUUGAUUUACAACUUGUCAGUGAGGUUUAACUCACCCUUUAAGAUCCUGUUCUAUUUCAGCUUCAUGCCCAUUGUGACCACCAUAGAUGUGGAAACCAAUCCCUAAGGUAUCUGCUGCAUGGUUUUCUUAGGAAGACAGGUUUACUGUCUAUAGAUCAUUUUGAAAUG